AUGGAGGUACCAGUAUAUGACUGGAACCCAGAAAUCCAGGGUCUCCUCCUCGGUUCUAUGCUCUAUGGCUCAUGUAUCACAAUAAUCCCAGGUGGAUAUUUCUCUGGAGUUCUUGGAGGAAAGAAAAUAGCUGGAUUAUCAUUGCUUGUCAUCUCAGUUCUCAGCCUCUUGAUACCAUUAGCAGCAGACUACGGACUGCCUUACUUGUUUCUCAUAAGAAUAGUGCAAGGCCUGGCUCAGGGGAUGAACUAUAGUGCUCUAACUGCAUUUUGGCCAAAGUGGGCUCCACCACUGGAACGUUCGCAACUAAGUACCAUUGGUUUAUCUGGUACAACAAUGGGAAAUUUCAUCGUGGUCAUUGUGGGUGGUUUCCUCUGUGAGUCCCCAGGUUGGCCAAGUAUCUUCUACAUAUUUGGAGGCAUUGGCUGCAUCUACUCUAUUUUCUGGUUUUCUCUGGUUUACGAUGAGCCCAUGAAACACCCAUUUAUAAGUGACAGUGAAAGAGAAUACAUUAUU